AAAAGUUCCUUCGUGUUCUCCGUUUUUAGACAGUCGAGGUUGUCGGAAUCUGAAGAUUCAAAGUGAAGGCCGAAAAAGAAAAGGCCUUUCCCCUUUCUUCUAUGAAGGGAUUUUCCCGCCAAAUUAAUCCACCAUUAACGGCCUAUCACCAUCAUCUUCAUCAUGAUCAUAAUUCAACUUCCAUUUCCUCUCAAAUCCGCCUUAUUCGUUAUCUUUCUCUCCGUUUCCCUCUUCCAUUUCAAACCCCUCUUCAACCCGACACGUAAACAAACCCUAACCCAUUACGGAUCCAACAACCUAACCGUCCGUAACAACUACAUAAUCCGGUUCACUGAGUAUAAACCGGCAUCCGAUCAUCGUUCUUACUUGGAAUCCAACCUUCGAUCCGACGGGUGGGAAUGGAUCGAAAGACGCAACGUGGCAGCUAAGUUCCCGACCGAUUUUGGGCUGGUUUCGAUCGAGGGUUCAGUGAAAGAAGCCUUGAUUGAGGAAAUCGAGAGGCUGGGAUUCGUUAAAGAUGUCAACGUUGAUUUAAGCUAUAACAGGGGUCUGCUUGGGGCUGGUGGUGGUGCUUUUGAGAAUGGACGAAAACGACCCGGAAAGAUUUUUACUUCGAUGUCGUUUAGUGAAGAAAAACAUUGCCAUGUUUCGGGUUUAAGUAAUUCGUCGAUUAAUUGGAGUCGCCAUCUUUUGUCGCAGAGGUCUCAAGUUACUUCCUUAUUCGGAGCUGAUGCUCUUUGGCGAAAAGGGUACACUGGUGCUAAAGUCAAAAUGGCUAUUUUCGAUACUGGAAUUCGUGCUGAUCACCCUCAUUUUCGAAACAUUAAGGAACGUACUAAUUGGACUAACGAAGAUACUUUGAAUGAUAAUCUUGGACACGGAACAUUUGUGGCCGGUGUUAUCGCCGGUGAAGAUGCUGAGUGUCUUGGUUUUGCACCUGAUACCGAGAUUUAUGCGUUUCGUGUUUUCACGGAUGCGCAGGUAUCAUAUACAUCAUGGUUCCUUGAUGCUUUCAACUAUGCUAUUGCAACCGACAUGGAUGUGUUAAACUUGAGCAUAGGUGGACCUGAUUACUUGGAUCUCCCAUUUGUAGAGAAGGUUUGGGAAAUAACAGCCAAUAAUAUUAUUAUGGUAUCAGCCAUUGGAAAUGAUGGGCCACUUUAUGGAACUUUAAACAAUCCAGCUGACCAAAGUGACGUUAUUGGUGUUGGUGGCAUCGAUUAUAGUGAUCACAUAGCCUCAUUUUCGUCACGUGGCAUGAGUACUUGGGAGAUUCCUCAUGGUUAUGGUCGUGUCAAACCAGAUGUUGUGGCAUAUGGACGGGAAAUUAUGGGAUCUAAGAUCAGUACCGGAUGUAAAAGCCUAUCCGGCACUAGUGUGGCAAGCCCUGUGGUUGCUGGUGUGGUAUGCCUGCUUGUUAGUAUCAUUCCUGAGAACAAACGGAAGGAAAUUAUGAAUCCUGCCAGCAUGAAACAAGCACUAGUUGAGGGCGCCGCUAAGCUCGCUGGUCCGAACAUGUAUGAACAGGGUGCAGGGAGAGUAGAUCUAUUAGAAUCAUAUGAAAUCCUUAAGAGUUACCAACCUCGAGCAAGCAUAUUUCCUAGUGUUCUUGAUUAUACAGAUUGUCCGUAUUCCUGGCCCUUUUGUCUGCAACCACUUUAUGCUGGUGCGAUGCCUGUGAUAUUCAAUGCUACUGUUCUGAAUGGGAUGGGUGUCAUUGGCUAUGUUCAUAGUCCACCGAUAUGGCAUCCUUCAAACGAGGAAGGGAAUCUUUUAAGUAUUCGCUUUACUUAUUCGGAAGUCAUCUGGCCUUGGACAGGUUACUUAGCACUUCACAUGCAAAUUAAGGAAGAAGGUGCACAUUUUUCCGGAGUGAUUGAGGGCAAUGUAACUGUUAGAGUACAUUCUCCGCCAGCCCAAGGGGAGAGGGAUGUUCGAACUAGUACUUGCGUUCUUAAGUUGAAAUUGAAUGUGGUUCCAACUCCACCACGAUCAAAACGGGUUUUAUGGGACCAAUUUCACAGUAUUAAAUAUCCUCCUGGAUAUAUUCCAAGAGACUCAUUGGAUGUACGGAAUGACAUUCUUGAUUGGCAUGGGGAUCACCUACAUACAAAUUUUCACAUUAUGUUCAACAUGUUACGAGAUGCUGGCUAUUAUAUUGAGACACUUGGUUCUCCUCUUACAUGUUUCGAUGCUAGCCAAUACGGAACUCUUUUGAUGGUUGAUCUUGAGGAUGAAUACUUCCAAGAAGAGAUUGAAAAGCUCAGGGAUGAUGUCAUUAAUACUGGUUUGGGUUUGGCUGUUUUCGCUGAGUGGUAUAAUGUGGACACAAUGGUCAAAAUGAGAUUUUUUGAUGACAACACGAGGAGUUGGUGGACACCGGUGACCGGAGGUGCAAAUAUCCCAGCAUUAAAUGAUCUUUUGGCUCCAUUUGGGAUAGCUUUUGGGGAUAAGAUUCUGAAUGGUGAUUUUUCUAUUGACGAUGAACAGAGUCGAUAUGCAUCUGGAACAGAUAUAGUAAGGUUCCCAAGAGGUGGUUAUGUACAUAGCUUUCCUUUUUUGGAUAGCUCGGAAAGUGGGGCCACUCAAAAUUUGUUGCUGAAUUCCGGCAUGAACAAGGUAGACUCACCUAUCCUUGGCCUGCUAGAAGUCGGUGAAGGUCGCAUUGCUGUAUAUGGAGACUCAAACUGCUUAGACAGCAGCCAUAUGGUUACCAAUUGCUACCGGCUUCUAAGAAAAAUACUAGAUUUCACAGGUUCAAAUAUUAAAGAUCCUGUGCUUUUCUCCAAGUCUGUUAAGCAAGAUAUGCCAUUGUAUGAAGAUGACAACCACUUAUCAUCACGAAGAACCGAUGUAAAUUUCUCCAUGUAUUCUGCUGUCCUUGGAAAGGAUUUAAUCUGUCGGACUGACUCUAGAUUCGAAGUGUGGGGAACUAAAGGAUACAAUUUACACAUUAGGGGAAGAAACAGAAAACUACCUGGCUAUGAUGUUAUUGAUUUAGGACGAGGCUUAAAUUCCACUAUCGAUACAUCAAAUUCUCGGCGUCCCAAGUUUACAGAGAAAAAUAAGGGCGAUUAUUUCGGAAACAGGUACUUGGGUGAGCUCGAUGUGCCUGAACUAGUUGCUAGUCAGUGGCUUGUACCUGCAGUUAUCGCAAUUACAGGCUUUGUACUAUUCUUCAGCAUAUGGCGGAUUCGACAAAAACGAAGGAGGCGAAGGAGAUCAAUGUCAGGUCGGUUAGCCAAUCUAUAGUUGAAGGAUAAGACUUUUUUCGAAGUUAGUUUCUCUUUUCACUAAUUUUCUAUCUGUACUGUUACACCUUUUGAAAGUUUUGAUAGCAGCAAGCACCACACAAGUUUAACCUUGAAAUCGUACAUGCAGAAUUAGUAGCAAGUUUCAUUAUUCA